UCGGCGCUCACCGGCGAUGAACAAGCCGAGGACUCUCGGUCCGCCGCACCACCACCACCACCACCACACCCCCUGCACUCGCACGCACCAGAUCGGCGCCCUCCUCCUCGUCGUCGCCACCUUCUUCCUCACCAGGCUCUUCGACCACGCCUUCGCCCCCUGCUCCACCGCCGCGGCGAUCGGCCGGGACGGCGCUCACGACUCCGCCGUCGCGCGGUUCGACGGCGGCAGCGGGUCCCUCGCGUGGCCUAGCGGAGGGUACGGGACUCACCUGUCGCUCAGGAUCUACGUGUACGAAGAGGACGAGGUCGACGGGUUGAAGGCGUUGCUGUCCGGGCGAGACGGCCGGAUCUCGCCGGAGAGCUGUGUUAAGGGUCAAUGGGGCUCUCAGGUUAAAAUACAUAGGCUCUUUCUAGAAUCCAGAUUUCGUACAAGAAAGAAAGAGGAGGCGGAUCUUUUCUUUGUGCCAGCCUAUGUUAAGUGCGUUCGGAUGAUGGGAGGCCUCAAUGACAAAGAGAUUGACCGGACAUAUGUGAAGGUUCUGAGUCAGAUGCCUUAUUUCAGGUUUUCAGGAGGUCGCAACCACAUAUUUGUCUUUCCAAGCGGUGCUGGAGCUCACUUAUUUCAAUCUUGGGCGACAUACAUUAAUAGGUCUAUAAUUCUCACCCCUGAGGGUGAUCGGACUGAUAAGCGGGACUCAAGUGCUUUUAAUACUUGGAAAGAUAUCAUCAUUCCUGGCAAUGUUGAUGACAAGAUGACCAGUGAAACUGUGGUCCAGCCAUUGCCUUUACGGAAGAGGAAAUACUUGACAAACUAUUUAGGUCGUGCUCAGAAUAAGGUUGGCCGUCUUCGGCUGAUAGAACUUGCAAAGCAGUUUCCAGAUAAGCUUGAAUGUCCAGAGUUGAAGUUCAAGGGGCCAGACAAAUUGGGCAGGCAAGAGUAUUUUGAACACCUACGGGAUGCUAAGUUCUGCCUUGCUCCACGUGGGGAGUCAUCCUGGACUCUUCGCUUUUAUGAGGCUUUUUUUGUGGAGUGUGUCCCAGUGCUCCUGUCAGAUCAAGUAGAACUGCCUUUUCAAAAUGUUAUUGACUACAAGAAGAUAUCGAUCAAGUGGCCAUCUUCUCGAAUAGGGCCCGAGUUGUUGGAGUACUUGGAAUCGAUACCAGAUAAAUCCAUAGAAGAGAUGAUAGCCAACGGGAGGCAGGUAAGGUGCUUGUGGGUCUAUGCUCCUGAAUCGAAUCUGUGCUCAGCAACUAAUGCAAUUUUGUGGGAACUUCAAAGAAAAGUGAGAUAUUUCCACCAGUCUACCGAGACAUUUUGGCUGCACAAUGGAUCAUUUGUUAACAGAGACUUGAUUGAGUUCUCCAAGUGGAGACCUCCCAUGCCUUUACCCUGAAUACUAUCCUCCAUAGUUUUUUCUUUUCUCAUGAGCCAUUUAUAGUGUUAGCCUACGUGAAUAUAAGCGAUAAUUAUUCAUGAACCAUGAAUUCUUUGUGCUCCAAAAUCAAAUAGCCAUUUCCCUA